ACUGGUGCAAUAAGUUAGAAUGAGAUAAAUAUAUUUUUUCUCACUUUAACUUAUUGCACCAGUUCAACAGUACAACUGAAAAGAACAGACCAAAUAUUUCUUAAUCGGACUCGCCAUUGCUCAUCAUGAGCUCAAUCGGUGGUGUAGGAGUUUUCUGACAUCUAGAGAAGUUUAGUCUGACAAGAUGUUGCGACUACCGGUCGUGCGGGCCACAAGCCUGGCAAGUGGGAGAUUUUAUGCUGUCAGUUUUCACACUACAUCCAACAAAUCUCAGCAGGAAUUGAUUGAACUUUUCAUCGAUGAUAAACCUGUACAAGUGCCACCGGGAACAACAGUCUUGCAGGCUGCUGCCAAGGUAGGAGUUGAAAUACCAAGAUUCUGUUAUCAUGAACGGCUUGCUGUUGCUGGAAAUUGUAGGAUGUGUCUUGUUGAGAUAGAGAAACAAGUCAAACCAAUUGCUGCAUGUGCUAUGCCAGUAAUGAAAGGCUGGAGAGUAAAAACCAACUCUGAUAUAACGCGGAAGGCUCGCGAAGGUGUUAUGGAAUUUUUAUUGGUUAAUCACCCACUAGACUGUCCAAUUUGUGACCAGGGUGGAGAAUGUGAUCUACAAGAUCAAAGUAUGGCUUUUGGGACUGAUAGGAGUAGGUUUGUUGAUAUUAACUUUUCUGGAAAAAGAGCAGUGGAGGAUAAAGACCUUGGGCCCUUAGUCAAAACAGUUAUGACACGUUGCAUACAUUGCACAAGGUGUAUUCGAUUCGCUUCGGAAGUAGCAGGUAUUGAUGACUUGGGAACUACAGGUCGUGGUAAUGAUAUGCAGGUGGGGACAUAUAUUGAGAAAAUGUUCUUAUCAGAAUUAUCGGGAAAUAUCAUUGACCUUUGUCCAGUGGGUGCAUUGACUAGUAAACCAUAUGCAUUUGUUGCUCGCCCGUGGGAGACUCGUCGUACUGACAGUAUCGAUGUUCAUGAUGCCGUCGGUAGUAACAUAGUUAUCUCUCAUAGAACUGGUGAAGUUUUAAGAAUACUACCAAGAGUGAACGAGGAAGUAAAUGAAGAAUGGCUCUCGGAUAAGGCUCGUUUUUCAUAUGACGGACUCAAAAGACAACGGCUUAUUACACCAAUGAUGAAGAUUAAGGGAAAGUUAGAAGCUGUAGAUUGGGAGGAUGCACUUAUCGCCGCUGCCAAGUCAUUAACGAAUGUACCAGCGGACAAAUGCGCCGCAAUUACUGGUAAAAUGGCAGACGCAGAAGCUCUUGUCGCCAUGAAGGACUUGGUGAACAAAUUAGGCAGCGAGGGGCUAGCUACAGAACAGUGUUUCCCAAAAGAUGGUUCGGGUAUUGAUCUCAGAAGUAGCUAUCUCUUGAACAACACCAUUGCCGCAAUUGAAGAUGCAGAUGUUGUGGUAUUAAUCGGUACAAAUCCAAGGUAUGAGGCACCACUGGUGAACACGCGUCUCAGAAAGGGUCACCUACAUGGUGAACAAACAGUCGCCCUCAUUGGCCCAGACGUAGAUCUAACGUACAAUCAUGAGCAUUUGGGGGAAUCUUUCGACGUAAUAAUGAAACUGCGAAAUGGCUCGCAUCCGUUUUGCGCGACUUUGAAAGAGGCCAAGAAACCACUCGUUAUCUUAGGUACUGAACAGUUAUCUCGAAAAGACGGAGCAAAAAUUCUUUAUGAGACGCAGGAAUUGGCGAAGACUUUAGGAGAUAACACAAAAACUCCUCAGGACUGGAAGAUCUUAAAUAUCUUGCAUACAAACGCUUCUCAAGUUGCUGCUUUAGAUAUCGGAUAUGGCUCGACGGUAGAAGAGAUUAAACAACAACAACCGAAAGUUCUGUUCCUUCUGGGUGCUGACGAUGCGAAUAUCAAAAAAGAAGAUUUCCCGAAUACAUUUAUCAUUUAUAUAGGAAGUCAUGGUGAUGCUGGAGCGGCCAUUGCAGAUGUUGUGCUCGCUGGAGCAGCGUAUACCGAAAAAGUCGCAAGUUAUGUUAAUACAGAAGGUCGUUCUCAACAAACGUGUGCAGCACUUACACCACCUGGCUUAGCACGUCCAGAUUGGAAAAUCAUACGUGCGCUUUCUGAAAUGGCUGGCGUUACUUUACCCUAUGAUAAUUUGAACGAUAUAAGAUCAAGACUUGAAGAAAUUGCACCUCAUUUGGUUCGAUACGGCGACGUUGAACCAGCUAAUUUCUUCACACAAGCUUUAGAAAUGGCUAAGCAACAAUCUGGAGGAUCAUUUCUACCAGACCCUGUGGAUAUUAAACAAAAAACAUUGGAUCAGUUUUUUAUGACUGACGUAGUAUCACGAGCGUCUUUAACUAUGGCGAAGUGCGUUCAAGCAGUCAUGAAACAACGACAAAGUGCAACAUAAAUAUCCAACAUAGUAUUUGACAAAACUCUCAACCGCUAGUUAUUCGAUAAGAGACUGGCUGAAUAUUAUGACAUCCUGCAGCCAGUUACAAAACUAAUUACAGGAACAUCAAAAAACAUGAGAUGUAUUUGUAAAAGUCUGUAUAUUAAACAAUACUACUAAGAAUGGGAUAUUA